UGUGAAACAGCUUUAACAAGAGGGGUUCACGUUACCUCAGAUAAUAUGUACAGUGUUGCCAGGUAUGGUAAGGAAUUUGCCUGUUUUUCUUCUGUCUCCAAUGCUCUACUGUCAAAAUGCGCAAAAUUUCUCAAAUAUGAAGUUUCAAGGAAUUACAGAAUUCUCUCAGAAUUUCAAAAAGAUGAUUUUGAACUGUUUCAGAUGUUGGUUGGUUGGGGAAGUGGAGAAGGUUCCCUUGAAGAAGAGGAUUCCAAGGAAUUACAAGAUGAUGAUUUCUGGGGUUGGGGAGGUGUUUUUCCUCUAGAAGAAUUACCGCAAGAAGAUGACAGAGUUCAGGAUCUACCAAUGACCUCGUCAGCCAGACAAAAGGGGAUUAUUAGCUGCACUACAAGGAUGACUGCUGCUCCUAAAGAGUUGACAUGCUUCAGUUCCUAUGACAGGUACAGUCGGUGUAAACAUGAGGAGACGAUGGAUCUAUUUGUUGGAGAAGUAUUUGAAAAAUAUAUGUUGAAGAGUACUGAACCUUUCCUUUUCUACUGCUCUAUACCACCAUAUACAAGGUACAGAACCUUCUCUUUUCUACUGUUCUAUACCAUCCAUAUACAAGGUACAGAACCUUCUCUUUUCUACUGCUCUAUACCAACAUAUACAAGGUGCAGAACCUUUCCUUUUCUACUGCUAUAUACCACCAAAUACAAGGUACGGAACCUUCUCUUUUCUACUGCUCUAUACCAUCCAUAUACAAGGUACAGAAUCUUCUCUUUUCUACUGCUCUAUACCAACAUAUACAAGGUGCAGAACCUUCUCUUUUCUACUGCUCUAUGCCACCAUAUACAAGGUGCAGAACCUUCUCUUUUCUACUGCUCUAUACCACCAUAUACAAGGUACAGAACCUUCGCUUUUACUACUGAUCUAUAUCAACAUAUACAAGGUACAGAACCUUCGCUUUCACUACUGCUCUGUACCACCAUAUACAAGGUACAGAACCUUCUCUUUUCUACUGCUCUAUACCACCAUAUACAAGGUACAGAACCUUCGCUUUUACUACUGAUCUAUAUCAACAUAUACAAGGUACAGAACCUUCGCUUUCACUACUGCUCUGUACCACCAUAUACAAGGUACAGAACCUUCUCUUUUCUACUGCUCUAUACCACCAUAUCAAGGUACAGAACCUUCUUUUUUCUACUGCUCUAUACCACCAUAUACAAGGUACGGAACCUUUCCUUUUCUACUGCUCUAUACCACUAUAUACAAGGUACAGAACCUUCUCUUUACUACUGCUCUGUAUCAACAUAUACAAGGUACAGAACCUUCUCUUUUAUCUACUGCUCUAUACCAUCAUAUUCAAGGUACAGAACCUUCUCUUUUCUACUGCUCUAUACCACCAUAUACAAGGUAUAGAACCUUAUCUUUUCUACUGCU